AACAAAAACCAAAAGAAACAAAUCGAAGGAUCCAAAUAAUCCCUCCAAAAUUCCCUCUUUACCAAAAAAUUAAAAAGGAAAAAACCCAAAACCCUCGCUCUCUCUUUUUACUUCUCUCAAAAACCCUAAAAUUUUCAUUUUUCUCCUCCCUCUCAAAAACCUUGAUCUUUCCAUACAACCCAAACAUAAGCCCCAACAUGAAAACACCAUUUCUAAGCCUUUACCUAAUCUGGGUAUUUUUCAAUUAGGGGUUUCCCCCUUUCUUCUCCUUUGAAAAUUUGAUCUAUUGGGUUUUCUUUUUGUUUCUCCUCUUUCUUAUAUGAAUGGCUACAGGGAAAACUGAAGGUGAAGAAUCAAAGAACGACAACAAAGUUUAUACCAGGAAAACCCACAACAAGCCCAAAAAUCCCUCUUUUUUCCCUCACCAAUCUUCUGAGCAAACUCUACCCACCACUACUACAGCUGAUUAUCACAACUCCUCUCGGCAGCUGCCACCCCAACACUUCGAUGCCGUGGCGUCAGAUGAUUCGUCUAGCCAUAAUCAGUUGCAGCGGGGUGCACAAAAUGCUACCAACGGGACUGCAACUUCUGGGCAUGUAAGAUAUGACAACCUUGUUAAGAUUAACUUGAGUGUUCUGUCCAAGAACGAUGUUAGAGUUUUGCAGAGGAAGUUAACUAGAGAACUUGAGCAAGUUAGGGGUUUACUUAAGAAAUUUGAUGCUAAAGAAGGUAGGUUUAGUGGUGGUUAUUCGAAUUCGCGGGUCUUAGGGAAUGAGGAUGUUGAUAGAUGUGGUGGAAGUUUAGUUAGAAUGAACUCGGAUGUCGGUUCUGUGGGAUUGCCUAGUUCAAGGCCUUUUCAUGGAUUAUCUGUGUCAGUGGAAGAGAAUGAUCGGAGUAACAAUGGCAAUGGUGGUGGGAAUGGGAGUGAGUUUGUGGAGAAAGAGAAGAGAACCCCAAAAGCUAAUCAGUAUUAUAAGAACUCGGACUUUGUUUUAGGGAAGGAGAAGUUGAAGCCUGUAGAGAAUAAGAAGAAGAUGAAACCAAAUGUUGGGAAGAAUAAUGUGAGACAAGUGGGAGAUGGGGUUGCAUCAGAGAAGUUAUCAAGUCGGAUGUUUAAGAGUUGUAGUAAUUUGUUAGGGAAGUUAAUGAAGCAUAAGUUUGGUUGGGUUUUUAAUAAACCGGUGGAUGUGAAGGGGCUUGGGUUGCAUGAUUAUUAUUCAAUUGUUAAGCAUCCUAUGGAUUUGGGUACGGUGAAGACUAGGUUGAACAAGAAUUGGUACAAGUCACCUAGGGAGUUUGCGGAGGAUGUGAGACUAACUUUCAGUAAUGCAAUACUGUAUAACCCGAAAGGACAGGAUGUGCAUGUUAUGGCAGAUACAUUGUCAGGGCUAUUUGAAGAAAAAUGGGCAGCUAUAGGGUCUGAGUCUAACCUUAAUAGGAGGUUUGAAAGGAGUCAUGAUUACAGUUUGCCAACUCCCACUUCAAGGAGAAUUCCAGCUCCAGCUCCAGCUCCAGCACCAAUUCAAUCUCAUGGCCCUCCUGCUCUAGCUCAUUCAUCACUACCAUUAGAAGCUAGGACUCUUGAGAGGUCAGAAUCCAUGACAAUGCCUGUUGACCCCAAAUCAAGAGAUGUGGACUUGACUCCUAGUGAUAGGAUUGGAGUACCAAAGAAAUCCAAGAUAAAGGAUCCUGAGAAGAGGGAUAUGACUUAUGAGGAGAAGCAGAGACUCAGUGUAGACCUUCAGAACUUGCCUUCAGAGGAACUUGAUAGCAUUGUCCAGAUUAUUAAGAGGAGGAAUGCGGCACUUUUUCAGCAAGAAGAUGAGAUUGAGGUGGAUAUCGAUAGUGUUGAUCCAGAAACGCUUUGGGAACUAGAUAGAUUUGUGACUAACUAUAAAAAGAGUUUGAGCAAAAUCCAGAAAAAUGCUGAAGUUGCUCUUCAAGCAAAUACUGAAGAUGACCAUAAUAUUCAGGAGACUAAUCUGGAACCACCUGCUAAUAAGGUAUCAAAAGUAGCCGAAACAGCAGCGGAGAGGAUUGUUCCUACAUCACCUCCUAUUCAUGGAAAAAGGCAACAAAAUGAAGAGAGUGGAUCAAGUAGUUCAAGCAGUUCUAGCAGUGACUCUGGAUCUUCAUCAAGUGGUUCUGACAGUGAUAAUUCAUCUUGAUAAUGUGAGUAGUUCACCUUGUUUUUAAUGGACUUAACUGAGAUCAUCUGAUGAUGGAAGGUGAUUCAAGAUCAUUACAGAUUAGCAACCGACAACUUUAGAAAAAUGUGAUUCUACCAUUUUAGAAGGGGGAUGAAUGACAUUAAACACUCAAUUUUGUUUUUGUACAACUGAAGUGUGCAAAGCUGCUUCUUUCAGUUAACAUCAUCCGAAUCUCAUUAUCUUUGUUUUGGACAAAUUGUAACAUAAACAUAGUUGUGGCAAGGGAAAACAAGUUUCUUUGUAGGUCGUCCAA